AUGGAAAGGAUGAAUGCAAAGCGUAGGAUUAUUCAUUUCACACAAGAAACUAUACUAAAGAAAAUAUGGGCCAUUAUGGCGCUAAUGACAAUGACACACACUGUGUAUGCAUGGCUGUCAAGUAAUGAAGAACAAGAAAUACAAAAAAUGAGAUUUGGUGAUUCAAACCAACUAAUAAUGCACCCAAAAGGAAUAUUUUCUUCAUUUUGCAAAUAUGCAAUGGAAAAUAGUAAGUUUAUGCACAACUUGAGAAAUUAUUCUUAUGUAAUAGAAAGAUCCGAGAGCAAUGAAAAUGGCGGUAGAAAUACAAUACGCCGUGAUCUUGACAACUAUCUACAAGAAUUUGCACAGCAGAUGAUUAAUAUGUUUCCAUCAGAAGAUGGAAAAUUGUCUAUUGACUCAAAAGGCUCAGAUGCAUUCAUAAAGUUUAUGGAAAACUAUAAAGAUAGUUCAGACAGCCUUUAUGUCUUAGCUGCUCUAUAUCUUCUUUCUGAAAAAAUAAAUAUUCCUAUUGAAAUAGUAGGUGAUGAAAAAAGUGGAAUGAAUCUAACUCUAAAGAAAAAAAAUAAAAACUCUCUGCAUAUUAGCUUAAGCAUGACAAUAUACAAAAAUACUAACGAGGGUGUUUACCAAAAACAAACCGAGAAAAUUAUAAAUUUUUUUAAAAGCACUGCAGAUCCUUCUUCCCAUAUAACGGUGCCAGCAAAAUUCUCGAUGCCUUCUACAUACCAGGAGUUUCUAACGGGAGAUUUUUUGUUCAAUCCUAGAUUCCUUAUACAAUCAUACAUAUAUAAGUAUAUAGACACAAAAGAAAAAUACAGCCAGUUUAUGAUGGCAGUAUACACUUUGUUGUGUGAGAACAUGCCCAGUGAAAAUCAGGCCCCAACCUCUGAGAUAGAAAGGCAUGCACAGCGAGUAUGUGAAAGCCUUUUUAUUAACGAAAGUUCAGAUACAAUGAAAAAUAGUCUAGACUGCAUUACCAAUUUAUGUGCAAUUAAAGACAUGGAUGCCAUUAAAAAUUGGGCAUUGGCAUUUAAAGGGGAUUCAUUAAACCAUUUGCAUACCCGAUUGCCAAUAUUCAAUAGGAGUAGUGACGAUUUUAAUGAACAUGCACUCCCACAAUGCGGGUAUGAUAAUUGUAUAGAAGGAUUUCUUCUAGGAAUAUUCCUUUGUUCUACCUUUGAACAAAAAUCACAGAAGUACAAACUAGAUCAUCUGCCAAAUCCAUCUAAAGAAUUAAAGGACUUUUUUUGCAAGUACAAUGAACCAACAGCCACCACAGAAAUUAGUAUACAUAAAGACUGGUGCAGGGUUGUAGCUGGACUGUCUGAUGACUCAAAUGUAUUAUAUGACAAACUUUCUAGAAACAAGAUUUCUCCUGGCUUGCUCAAUAUACUCUAUAUAAUAAAAAAAAUUGCAGGCGAAAAUGACGAGCUAAAUAGGGCAAUUUUAUGCCUAGAAGAAAUCAUCAUAAAGGCCAAAGUCGAAGAGAGUGAUUUAAAAAAAAUACAAAACUGUAUGCAAAAUGUGUUUAUGUCUCUUUCAUAUAGCAAAAAUAUAGAAGUUGUAUGCGAUUCAAUCGCUUUAGCUCAGAUUGGCAUUAAAAUCCAAAGAAGAACAGACAUAACACCAGACAAUGGGCACUCUUUUCUGGUUGUGUACAAAAAAGGCGAAGAAGAUAUGGCCUCCACAAUUAAAAUACAGCUAAGCAAAGAAAAAUCAAUGCCCAUUAUUAAUUGGUUUGCUACAGAAGAUCUAAAUUUAAGGAUUGGUUGUGCAAAGAGUCCAUUUAAAAAGAUGCAAAUAAAGUAUGCUGAGCCAGAAACCUACAGCGAGUAUAUUAUAAAACAAUACAUAGAUAUUAGACUGUAUCAAACCGUCUUGGGAAUAGAAAAAAUCAAUGAAUUUACCAAAAGGAUUCAAACUACGCCAAUGCCAAAGAGCAAUAAUAUAGCCCAAAAUCCAAAUGCUUUACUGCUUUGGGGUACUCUGGAGAAUAUACGCUACAAGUCGUGUAUUAUUGAAAUGUUUUUAAUCCACACGAGUCCAAACAAGUUAGAUACAAAAAAUCGCAUGGUUCAGUUUACUAAAAACCUUAUUGGAAGUGUUUCUCUUAAGGAUCUGAGGACAAAACAGCAAAUUCUAAAAGGUUUUGAAUUUAAUGAGAACUAUAAAGAGUACUAUACGCAGUAUAGCAAACAGGCAUCAGAGAUAUUUAAGUCCUAUAGAACUCUUAAGGGCACACAAAUAUUACUUGAAUCUCUAUUAUCUGUAAAUGCUUCUCCUGUCGCUAUUAUUAGCUCAUUCCAGGCACUAACAAAUGGACUGCAGGGAAGUAAUUGUGGGUUGAAUUUCUUUGGAUCGGAUUAUGUAUGUAAGAAUCUAGUCAAAAAAUUAUCUGAGCUUGAAAAUGACAAUGAUAUAAAAACAAAUAUGGAAGUUAUUCUAAAAUCAAUUAAAAAAUGUGAGACCACAUUAAGCAAAUACAUGCCAGAAGAUAUUUUUAUGGCCUGGUUUAUUCACAUCGGAAAGUGGGAGGUAUAUCAUAAAAAAUCAAUCAUCAAACCUAUCUAUGAUAGCAUAGAUUUCAAAAAGGUGGAUAUAAAAAAUGUUAAAUCUAUUUUAGAAAUUAAAAUUUCUACUUUAAGCUAUCCUACUAUGCGUUCUAUCGUGGAAAAAGCAGAUAAAUUAUUGGAUGACAACAAAACAAUGCUAGUAGAAAAUGCAAACAUAGAUGACAAAAAGUACAGUCUUUUAAAGGAAAUCCUGCAAAAAUUACUUAUUAAUCCAUUAGACACAGCAAAAGAAACAACAAGGGCGCUGCCCGUGGCUAGUUUAGUAACAGGAUAACUAUUUUUAAAGAAGAUAGCUCAGUG